AUGCGUCUCUCCACAUUUCUCACCGCGGUCGUGGCUGGUACGGCAGUAUCUGUGGCCUUGCCUCAAUCUAGCGACGUCUCAUCCGAUUCCUCGCGCCUGCUGCCUGGCUUUCCCGGUUUCAACUUCCCCAAGCCUCUCGUCAGCUCCAUUGUGCUCAGAAACCUGAUCACCCGCCGAGACUUGAGCUCCAAGGCCCAGACUUUGCAGCGCUUUGCUGACGCAUCUCCAGGCAGAAACCGUGUAUUCGGAAGUCCCGGCCACAAUGCUACGGUCAACUGGCUCUACGAUGAACUCGUCAAGCUGGACGCCUACGAUGUGUAUUUGCAACCCUUUACAGAGACCUACGCUGAGAACAGUGCCAAAGUUACGGUCGAUGCGGUAGACCAAGGCGCUGGUCCCUUCACAUAUGCUCCAGGCGGUCAGGUGACCGAGCAGCUCGUGCAAGUUGCCAAUGUCGGUUGCGCAGCAUCCGACUUUCCUGCAGCCGUCUCGGGCAAGAUUGCGCUCAUUUCGCGAGGAACUUGCCCUUUCGCUAGCAAAGUCGGACUUGCAGGCGCCGCCGGUGCCAGAGCAGCUUUGAUCUACAACAACGCCGACGGUGCGCUUUCCGGCACACUGGGUGGUACCUCUACGCCCGAGGGCCCUUACGUUCCAGUCGCUUCUCUUGACAAGGCCAGAGGCGAUGCACUUGUCGCAAGACUGGCCGCUGGAGAGACCGUCACGGCUGCUCUCGACAUCGUCGGAAUCACCGAGGACCGCGAAACCUACAACGUCAUUGCUCAAACGCGCACAGGUGACCCCAACGAGGUCUACUUUGUAGGAAGCCACACCGACAGCGUCAUUGCAGGACCCGGGAUCAACGACAAUGGUUCAGGCACCAUCUCCCUCCUCACCAUCGCCCAGAAGCUCAAGAAUUUCAGGACCAACAAGGCGAUCCGUUUCGGUUUCUGGUCUGCCGAAGAAUUCGGCCUGCUCGGUGCCGAGCACUACGUGAGGACGUUGUCGACUGAAGAGCGCAACAAGAUCCGCGUUUACGGCAACUUUGACAUGGUCGCCUCGCCAAACUACGUUUACGGCGUCUACGAUGGAUCUGGAAGAGCCUUCAACAUCACAGGACCAGCCGGCUCCACUGAAGGGCAAGACCUGCUGCAGAAUUACUUCCGUUCCCAGCGCCUCAACACUGUUCCUAGCGGAUUUGACGGCCGCUCCGACUACGGACCUUUCUUGGAGGCCAACAUUGCCUGCCUCGGUCUCUUUACCGGCGCCGAGGAACUCAAGACCGAGGAAGAGGCCAGGCUUUUCGGCGGACAAGCCGGCGUUGCACUCGAUGCCAACUACCACAAAGCUGGCGACGACAUCAACAACCUCAACUACGACGCCUUCCUCGCAAACGCCAAAGCCAUCGCCCACACCAUCGCCACGUACGGAAGAGGCUUCCAGUCCCUGCCGCCCAAGGAACAAGCCGUGCCUCAACCUCAGCUUCGAGUUGCGAACGCUCAGCAUGCUCACAAGGGCAGCAUCAAGAGAUGCGGAGAGACUCUGCUCGAGGCAUGAACGGCUUUAUAAGCUUCAUCCCCUUCCCGAUUUGUCGCUAC